UUCGUAAAGUAGUUUGAAACUGCGUGCCGGGUCUCCACUGUCGUCUAGUCAAAUGUUUUUACACCAGGAGUAAAGAAAACUGAAACACCCACUUAUGACUGUUAUGAGAAAUGGCGGCAGAUUCCGACAGUUUUGUACAGCUUCGGUUUCAUUGCUUGAGAAACCUGUCGACAAGUUCUUACACGAAGCCCGUAUCCCGAAUCAUGUGGUUUCUUUCGAUACGAAUUACCAGCUUCGACACCUCAUCGAUUCGGGGAAUCUGCGAGAUGCUCGCCAAAUGUUCGACAAAAUGCCACACAGAGAUGUCUUCUCAUGGACAGCCAUCAUUCAGGGAUACGUAGCUGCCACAAACUAUAACGAAGCGCUGAUUCUCUUCUCCGCAAUGCACGUCGAUCCUCGCGUCUCAGCAGAUACCCACGCGCUGAGUGUUGCACUCAAGGCCUGUGGUCAAAGCUCCAACCUUUCGUUUGGAGAGUCUUUACACGCUUUUGCGGAGAAAACUUCUCUGCUCAGCUCUGUCUACGUCGGAAGUGCUUUAAUUGAUUUGUACAAGAGAACCGGAAUGAUCGACAAGAGCUGCAGAGUUUUCACUGAAAUGGACUUUAAAAAUACGGUGACGUGGACGACAAUCAUAACGAGCCUUGUUCACGCUGGUCGCCACAAGGAAGGACUUUGUUACUUUACCGAGAUGUCGAGGUUCAGAGAACUACCUGAUACUUUUACUUUUGCUAUUGCCUUGAAGGCUUGUGCAGGUUUGCGUCAGCUCAGAUACGGACAGGGGAUUCAUACUCAUGUGAUAGUGAAAGGCUUUGGUGCUGUACUCUGUGUGGCUAACUCGCUCUUCACAAUGUAUACCGAGUGUGGGGAGAUGCAAGACGCGCUGCUUUUGUUUGAGAGUAUGAUUGAGAAGGAUGUUGUUUCGUGGACAAGCCUUAUCACUGCGUAUAGCCGUAUAGGUCAAGAGGAAAACGCGGUUAAAACUUUCUUACUGAUGAGAAACUCUGAAGUAUCUCCUAAUGAACAAACGUUUGCGUCCAUGUUUGCUGCUUGCGCGAGUCUUUCUAGGCUCGUUUGGGGAGAGCAGCUCCACGGUAACGUUUUAUCUCUAGGGAUAGUUGAUUCUUUGUCAGUUAUCAACUCUAUGAUGAAGAUGUAUUCAACAUGUGGGAGGCUAGACUCUGCUUCUGUUCUGUUUCGAGGAAUGAGAUGCAGAGACAUUAUCUCGUGGAGCACGAUCAUCGGAGGGUACUCUCAAGGCGGAUUUGUAGAUGAAGGUUUUGAGUAUUUCUCGUGGAUGAGACAAUCAGGGACAAAGCCUACUGAUUUUGCUCUCGCUAGUCUGCUGAGCGUUUCGGGAAACAUGGCGGUUCUUGAGCAAGGCAGGCAAGUCCACGCGCUUUCGCUUCACCUCGGUUUAGAACAGAACCCUACUAUACGCAGUGCGCUGAUUACUAUGUACUCAAAAUGUGGAAGCAUCGCAGAAGCUUCAAAGGUAUUCGAAGAAACAGAAAGAGCUGCUGAUAUUGUUGCUUUGACAGCUAUGACCAAUGGAUAUGCAGAACAUGGAAAGAGCAAAGAAGCUAUCGAUCUGUUUGAGAAGAGUCUAAACGUUGGUUUCAGACCAGACACUGUGACUUUCAUCAGCGUACUCAACGCCUGCGCUCAUUCGGGACAGCUCGACGUCGGUUUUCACUACUUCAACCUGAUGCAAGAGAGGUAUAACAUGAGUCCAGCCAAGGAACACUACGGUUGCAUGGUGGAUCUGUUGUGCCGAGCAGGACGGCUAAGCGAAGCAGAGAAGAUGAUCAAUGAGAUGCCGUGUGAGAAGGAUGACGUGGUCUGGACCACGCUUCUGAGAGCGUGUACGGCCAAAAGAGACAUUGAACGUGGGAGAAGAGCGGCGGAGAGGAUAUUGGAGCUGGAUCCUACUUCUUCUAUUGCGCUCGUAACACUAGCUAAUAUAUAUUCGCGCACAGGGAAGUGGAAAGAGGCUGCAAUUGUAAGGAAGAGUAUGAAAUCGAAAGGCGUGAUGAAAGAGCCUGGAUGGUCUUCGGUUUUGAUCAAGGAUAAGGUUUCAGCUUUUGCAUCUGGCGGUCAGUCCCAUCCACAAUGUGAAGAUAUAUACAGUAUCUUGGAAUUAGUAGUUAAUAGAUACGAUUGUGCAAUAAAGGGAGCUUUUGAGUCAAUUCAAAUUUGUGAUCCUUAACUCUUUAAGUGGUAAGGGUGAUGAUUACUAUGUAGCUCAGACAAUGUGGAAACAAAAGGAAUACUAUUAAAGCAUUUAACUUGUCA